AUGUUGGUGGCGUCUUGGCUGUUGGACCCGGGUAGUGAGGAGAGAACUCUGACCAACAUGGUCACCUGCUACUGUCCCUCAGAACUACCGUUGCUGGAUGGACACACACACUCCCCUCGCCUACGAGCAGCCAUAGACAGCGUGCUAAUACACAGCACCAUGGGUCACCUCACUACCCUGCUGGAGAAAGAUGGACUCAUAGAUGUGUUCCGCAGUGUGGAGAUGCGUUCCCAGGUGUGCCUGGCGCUGCUAGAGCUGAAUGGGAUUGGCUUCAGCUGGGAGGAAUGUGACAGGCAGAAACACGUGAUGCAGGCCAAGCUGUCAGCUCUGGAGACACAGGCCUACAGCCUUGCUGGACACAACUUCUCUCUGACUAGCACCGAGGAUGUGGCACAGGUGUUGUUCCGUGAGCUGCACCUGCCUCCCAGCUGUGAUUUGAGUGGGGGAGGUAAGAAGACCCUGGGGUACAGCAGGAGAGGAACAGGACGUGCCGGGUUGGGGAAACCGUUCAGUACCACCAAGGACAUCCUGGAGAAGCUCAGUUCCCUCCACCCGUUGCCGGGGGUGAUUCUGGAGUGGAGGAGGAUCACCAACGCCUUGACAACGGUGGUGUUUCCCCUGCAGAGAGAGAAACAACAUCACCCCCUGCUGGUUAUGGAUAGAAUACAUCCAGUCUCCCAGACACACACUGCUACAGGCAGAGUGAGCUUCACAGAGCCAAACAUCCAGAACGUUCCGAAGGACUUUGAGAUCCAGAUGGCCUCUGUGGUGGAGGAGAGCCCGCCCUCACAAGAUGGACGCCGGACAGGUCAGGGCCGUUCCAGGCUGAUCAGACUUCCAGCUCCUCCUCCUGAAGGGGCCGUGGCCUUCUCCGUCAGCAUGAGACACGCCUUUGUACCUUUCACAGGAGGGAUGGUAUUAGCAGCAGAUUAUUCCCAGUUGGAGCUCAGAGUGUUGGCUCACCUCUCUAAGGACAAACGUCUGCUACAGGUGUUGAAUGGAGGAGCUGAUGUGUUCCGCUGUAUCGCUGCUGAGUGGAAGAACAUUGACCUGGAGACUGUAGACGACACCCUGAGACAACAGGCUAAACAGAUAUGUUAUGGUAUAAUCUAUGGGAUGGGAGCCAAAUCUCUGGGGGAGCAGAUGGGGAUCGAGGAGGACGAUGCAGGUGCUUAUAUCGAGAGCUUCAAGGACCGAUACACAGGUGUCCAUAGGUUCCUGAAGGAGACUGUGCGUAGCUGUGUGAAGAAGGGUUUUGUCCAGACUCUACUGGGGAGGAGGAGAUACCUACCUAACAUCAACAGCAACGGCUACACCAGGAAACAGGCGGAGCGCCAGGCUGUUAACACGACAGUCCAGGGGUCAGCUGCUGACAUCGUUAAGCUGGCUACGGUCAACAUCCAGCAAUGUCUUAGAGACACCUACCCUACUGCUCCCCUCUCACACCAACAC